AUGAAUGAUAAUACUCACAAGGUAGAAUUGAAAUCCUCAAUUGCUGAUUUAUACGCUGCUUUAUUGUUGUCAGACAAGUUGGAAAAUGAACAAAAUAAUACAAACAAUAAAGAAAAUGAGAAUCCUCCACCUAUUUCAUCCUCAAAUAGUCCUUCUUUGGACACACCACUCAAAGAAUCCGAGUCAAUUUACGAAAAUCAAAAAGAUUCACUAGAUUAUGCCAAUGUUGAUGUUAUAUGGGUUCCUGCUGAUAAACAUCCUCAAAUUGCACCCAUUGAAUUUGCUAAAUUUAUUAAAACUCAUGGAGCUAAUACACCUACUCGAAGAUCUACAACAUUACAUCGUAGAAAAUCAAUUUUAUCUCAAUCAAUGACUGUAUUAGAACAAAGGAAUACUUUAAUUGAUCAUGACGAAGAAGAAGAAGAAGAAUUACAUCGAACCCUCUCCGAGAAGAAACGGUUAUUUUUAAAGAAAGUUAUGACAAAUAAUGAGCAAUUAAAAGACAUAAAUUCAUCAACCCAAAUAUUUGACCGUAAUUCAACUUCAAUAGAUGAUUCACGUAUCAUUGCUCCAAGAGCCGAUAAAUCCCUUUUGCGUAGAUCUGCUUUUUCUGCAAGGGGACGAAACAGAAAGACCUUUAAUUUCGAAGAUAGACAGCAAAUGAUGCAAAGAAGAUCGGUUUCUCAAAGAAAACCAAAUGAAGAUUCUAAUUUUCAGUCAAAAGUAACAGCAGCAAAGCCUGCAUGGAACAUAUCUGAAGGGGUCAGUUUAUACGAUCAACCAGUAAAUAUGAGUGAAUGGAUAGAUUUAGGUAGUGUCAGUCUUGAAUCAGAUGAUUCUCAGAGAGGUAUUCUUUCACGUGUGCAUGAUGCAGAGUCACAACUAUUACUACAGAUUGAUGAUAAAGAAAAGGCAACAAAAAGCGUCGAAAAUAGUCAAGAAGAAAAUGAAGAUAAAGAGGAUAAAGCCAUCCAUCAUAUAGAAAAGGAAGAAGCUAGUAAUAUUAUUGAAACAAAAACAGAUAGCAUUGCCAUUCAUGAAUCACCAAAGAGACCAAAGUUAAUUCGUUUGGAGACAGAAACUACGUCGUCUUCUAUUCCCUCAAUGUCUACUAAACCUGAAAAACGAGUAUCAUGGCUCGGGGGAUUAUUGUUUAAUGACAAGAAGAAUGGAAAAGCGAGUAAUAAAAAGGAAAGAUUAUCAAUGACAGAUACGAUUAUUAGUAGUCAUAAUAAUUCACCAUUAUCAGGAUUAGCCUCUAUUUUUAGUCGAUCGCUUUCUGUGAGAUCUAACAUAACAUACACCAAUGAUAAUUCAAUAUUAUCAAAAUUAAAAAACAAAUCAAAUCAUCUAUCACCAACUAUCACUACUACUACAUCUUCUACUAUUAAUACUACUUCUAAUACUACUAAUAAUAAUAUCACUUUUAAUAAUACAACAUAUGAUGCACAAAAGAAACAAUCUAGCAGGCUAGAUACAGUUUCCUCCCCUGAGCUUAAACUUUUUAAUUAUAAUCGACUACCCCUUCAUGUUGAGCGAGCUAUUUAUCGAUUAUCUCAUCUGAAGCUUACAAAUCCUCGACGGUCUUUAUAUCAGCAAGUGCUUAUUUCGAAUUUAAUGUUUUGGUAUCUUUCUAUUCAACAAACUGAUUUUCAACAAUUAGCUGAAAAGCGUCUAGAGAUGACUCCAAUAUCUGAUCCCAAUACAUUACAACAGCAGAAAAAAAUAGGUAAAGUAACUCGAUUUAUUAAUUCAGCAAAGAAACGUGGAAAUGAAGUAGCUCAAUUCGUACAAACUCAUCCUUUAGCAAAUCAUCAACAAGAGACUACUUCUCAUAGAUCAUCUUUAAAACAAAGUAGUGUUCAAUUUAAUUUAAAGCCAAUACCAAGUCAUCAUCCAAGCAAUCAUAAUGAAGAAGAAGAAGAAGAGGAAGAUAACAUUCCUUUAAGUCGUUAUAAAAAAUAA